AAAAGCUUUUACACGUGCAUAAUGUUGCUUUGUCUCAUGUUUAAAGUGAAGUUUCAUAUCUCACUCCACCUUACUGGUGCAUACACAAAACAACUAUUUCCUAUAUUUUUAGCCAAUCACUCAUCCUGCAGGCAAAGUGGGUGUGGCUCUCUCAGGUCUAAGCUAAAGGGCUUCUUGUUCCAUCAGCGAGUUUCUGUCUUGGAUAGCAGGCGGUGCGUGCUAGGAUGAGAAUUUUCCUACAUCUGCUGGUUGCGUUAGCAGCCAUCGGAGAAUGUCAAGGUGGUAGCAAGGACCACAGUCGAUUGAAACGGGAUGUUUUACUGCGUUCUAAAAGGAGAUGGGUCCUGUCCACAAUUGAGCUACAGGAAGAAAUGGAGGUGGAAUACCCAUUCAAAAUCACAACGAUGCACAAUGACAAGACUCAAGGGAAGAAAUACAAGUUUGUAAUAAGUGGAGAUGGUGUUCAUGAUGGAUUGUUCUCCAUUGAUGAUGUAACCGGAGACGUUUAUGUGCACAAAAAAGUUGAUAGAGAGGAGAAAGAGAUUUAUCACAUCACAUUUGAUGUCUGGGACGAAUCAGCCAACACAAAAAUGGACAGGGAGCUAUCUUUUGAUGUCCAAGUAAAAGACUUAAAUGAUAAUGCACCAAUGUUUACCAAUAUUACGAAAAUAGUCAGCGUGGAUGAAAAUACGGCGGAAGGAUUCCUGCCAGCAUCUAUGGAGUUUAAAGAUAAAGAUAAGGAGAAAACAAUCAACUCAACGGUCUCAAUCAGUGUGGUUUCUCAGAACCCGGCAGAGCCUAAGAUUAAUGUCACACAGAUUGAUGACAGAAUGGCUCGACUCACCUUCAAAGGAUGUUUUGACUAUGAUAAAGCAAAGCAGUUUAAAGUAAAAGUCACAGCAAGUGAUCAUGGAAAGCCACCUCUUUCCACCACUGAAGUUAUUACGCUCAAUAUUGUCAACAAAAACAAUAACGCUCCAAAGUUCAAGCAGAAACAGUACGAAGUUGAGGCUGUGGAAAUGACUACCCAUGAUGAUAUUUUGAGAAUUGCAGUAGAGGACAAGGAUGCUCCUAACACUGAUGGCUGGAAGGCCAAGUACUACUUCAUCAGUGGCAAUGAAGAAGAAAUCUACAGCCUUAGAACUGACCCAAAAACUAAUGAGUGUAUUCUGAGUGUUGUCAAGGAGAAGAAUUACAACCAAAAUACUUUGGUGAACCUGACAAUCGGAGCUGAAAAUGUUGAGCCCUUAUUCAUUUGUAAAGAUAAUAAACUGAUUAAAGAUCCAAAGCUGCUCCCACCUCCAGAUUCAGUCAAUGUUACAGUGAAAAUGCUCGAUACCAAUGACGCACCAGUGUUUGAAAAAUAUACAGACGAGGUGUAUCAGGUAGAAGAGUCGGAGCCAGGACAGGUGCUCUACACUCCAAAGGUUCAGGAUAUCGACUCACCCAAUGUCAGAUUUGUCAUGGUAGAAGAUCCAGCUGGUUGGAUGUCUCUUGAUGAAAAAACUGGAAAAAUUACAACAAUCAAGAAAAUGGACCGAGAGUCACCCUUUGUUGAUGAAAACAAUAUUUACCGAGUUGUUUUUGCUGCUAUAGAUGACGGCACACCUCCUGCCACAAGCACCUGCACCAUCAAGGUCCACCUCAAGGAUAUCAAUGACAACACCCCUAAGCUGGUCAACUCAAGUAUGAUCUUUUGUGAUAACAAAGUUAUCAAGAUCAUGGUGCCUGCUGAGGACAGUGAUGCAGAGCCAUACAGUGGACCUUUCAUCUUUACCUUGACGGGUGAUAAAACUCUGAAACGGCUGUGGAAACUUGACCCUGCUCAUGGGGAACAAGCUGGCCUUGUUGCUCUGAAGUCACUUGAGAGGGGUAAUUACUCCAUUCCUCUGCUGAUUCAGGACAAACAGAAUAUGAUUGGACACGAGACGUUGGAGGUGGAGGUUUGUGAUUGUGGAGGAGGAAAUGCUUGUGUCAGGACUAUAAAUCCACUCUCAACUAACGUCAGUGAUGCUGCCAUUGGAACAAUAAGCCUUGGACUGCUUUUAUUUCUGAUACUGCUGGUCAUUUUUGUUUGCAAUCAACCCAAAAGAAAUUUCCAGUCUUUUGAGGACCAGGGCCAGCAGUCACUAAUCCAUUACAAUGAAGAAGGGAUGAGCGUUGACUGCAAGGCAGAGCCUGUUCAUUUGACACAAGCAAAUGGUGAAAUUGUGACAGAUGGUGUCAAACACAGCUUUGUACAGAAAACUGAGGCAGCCCGAGAUAUGUGGUAUGAUGAGAGGCAUCACAUCAUCACCAUAAACUCACGCAAGAGCACGAGGAUGGGCGCAGGCAUGGACACAGGCAUGGGCGCACGACAAGAAAGAUACUCCAGAUCAAGCUAUGACGGCUCAUCAAGAUUUUCAACAGGGGGUGGCAGCAGGAGGAGCACAGUACGGCGGAGCACCUCGAUGUAUAGACGUUACCCCCAUCUCCAAAAAUUAGUGGAACAUAGUCUUAGCAAAACAUGUCACGAAGAAGCAGAAGGACAGGAGAACAGUCCUAUUAAGUUUGCAUAUGAGGGGGAGGGCAGCCGUUGCGGGUCACUGGAUGAGCUAACGUUUGACAUCCUGGAUGGAAACUUGUCCUUUCUGGAUCAUCUAGGGCCGCGGUUCAACACCUUGGCGGUGAUGUGUAAUUCCUCAGCUGUGAAAGCUACAGAAGAGCUAGAGACGUUCACAACUUAGUCACUUUUCUUUUAGUGUCUGAUUACAAGUUACAAACUGGUUUAACUGGAUUUCCUGUGAAGUGAAAAAGCAAUAUGGAUAUUGUACAUUUUGUACAAUAUGGAUUUAAAAGAGACAUCUUUUGGUAUUUGCAUCUAUCCAUGGGACAACAAUGUCUGCACUAGCAGCCCUGUUGUGUUUGCUGUAAUUCAUGAACAUGUCAUGCUUUGGUAGUUUUGAAAAGCCACAUUCUCUAAGUAGUUGUAUGAUUUUUUUAUUUUAUUUUUGUUUUGAUUAGAAUUUUUUUUCAUUACUUUUCUAACAUGUGAGGGGUUGGAGCUACCUAACAGCAAUCUUUCUAUUUAUGGUGGUUUUUAUAAAAGGUCACAGUUGUUCCACAUGUGGAACAGAAAAGAAACAGGGAUUUUUGCAUUUACAAACUGCAUAAUUGUUGGUUUUUAAUUGAACAUUCAACCAGGAGCACUAGUUUAAUCUCACAAGUUUGGAAAAACCUUUUUAAGGCAAUUGUAAAAGGCUGUUUGGGGGAUGGUGGGGGGGG